AUGAGCAAAUGAGACGAAGAGGGAUGGGUCCCUCGCUAGCACAGCAGGAGUCUCCUGCGCUAAGAAAAAUUAUUUUCUCAAACCUCUCCAAGCCGCAGUUCCCAUUCUCUCGCCUACACGGGCCAGAGGCGCCGGGCGUGGGCGUGAGAGCUCGGCGGGACUCCGGGCGGCAGUCAGCGAGGGAGGUGCGGGGGCGCCGGUCUCGCUGUUCCGGGUCCCGUGAGCCGGGCGGCCCAGGCGGCGCGCGGGCUCCGCCUCCAGCCCUCCCGGCACCGCCCCGGCCCCUCCUCCUCCUCCGGGCGUCCCCGGGCUCCGGCAACGGUCCCGACUGUGGCGCGCGAGCCCCCGCCAUGCAAGCCGUGGGCCUGGCUUCGCGCCCGGCGCUGCCGCUGAUGCUGCUCCUUGCUGGGGCUGGAUUGUCAGCCGCCGCCGAACCCCGAGCCCCGCCGCUCUUCAACCUGAGCCUAGACGCGGCCCCCGAGCUGCGCUGGCUGCCGGUGCUGCGGCACUUCGACGAGGACUACUUGCGCGCCGCGUUUGCGCAAAUCCUCAGGGAUACGGUCCCCAAAUGGAUCCACGCGUUGAUCCGAAAGGCAGUCGGGGAGCUGGAGCGCUUCCUGCCCCAGCCCUUCGCCGACGAGAUUCGCGGCGUGUGCGACGCCCUCAACUUCAACCCGGCGGACUGCCUGCUCCUCAACCUGGCCUACGAGUCCACCGCAUUCUGCACCAGUAUUGUGGCUCAAGACUCCAGAGGCCACAUUUACCAUGGCCGGAAUCUGGAUUACCCUUUUGGAUAUUUCUUACGCAACUUGACCGUUGAUGUGCAGUUCUUAAAGAAUGGGCAGGUUGCAUUCACAGGAACCACUUUCGUUGGCUAUGUAGGAUUAUGGACUGGUCAGAGUCCACACAAAUUUACAGUUUCGGGCGAUGAACGAGAGAAAGGCUGGUGGUGGGAGAAUGUGAUCGCUGCCCUUUUCCAGAGACACUCUCUGGUCAGCUGGCUUAUCCGCACUACCCUGAGUGAGUCAGAGAACUUUGAAGCGGCUGUUUACCGAUUGGCCAAGACUCCCCUUAUUGCUGAUGUUUAUUACAUUGUUGGCGGUACGUUCCCCCGGGAGGGGGUGGUCAUCACGAGGAACAGAGAUGGCCCAGUGGACAUUUGGCCUCUAGAUCCUUUAAAUGGAGCGUGGUUCCGAGUUGAGACAAAUUAUGACCACUGGAAGCCAGCGCCUGAGAGUGAUGACCGAAGAACACCUGCCAUCAAAGCCCUUAAUGCCACUGGCCAGGCGAACCUCAGCCUGGACGCACUCUUCCAGGUUUUGUCAGUGUUUCCGGUUUAUAACAACUACACAAUUUAUACUACAGUAAUGAGUGCUGCCAACCCAGACAAGUACAUAACGAGGAUCCGAAACCUGGGUUGAAACUAAGAUAUGGAAUCAACCAAAGUGUCCAUCAGUAGAUGAAUGGAUAAAGAAGAUGGGGUACAUAUAUACACAACAGAAUAUCAUUCAGCCAUAAAAGAGAAAUCCUGCCAUUUGCAACAACAUGGAUGGACUUAGAGGGUAUUAUGCUAAGUGAAAUAAGCCAGGAUGAAUGGAUAAAGAGGAUGUGGUACAUAUACACAAUGGAAUACUAUUCAGCCAUAAGAAAGAAACAAAUCCUACCAUUUGCACAACAUGGAUGGAGCUGGAGGAUAUAAUGCUCAGUGAAAUAAGCCAGGCGGAGAAAAACAAGUGCCAAACGAUUUCCCUCAUUUGUGGAGUAUAACAAGGAAGCAAAACUGAAGGAACAAAGUAGCAGCAGACUCAGAGACUCCAAGAAGGGACUAGUGGUUACCAAAGGGGAGGGGUGUGGGAGGGUGGGUGGGGAGGGAGGGAGAUGGGGAUUGAGGGGUAUUAUGUUUAGUACACAUGGUGUAGGGGGUCACGGGGAGAACAGUGCAGCACAGAGAAGGCAAACAGUGAAUCUGUGGCAUUUUACUACACUGAUGGACAGUCACUGCAUUGGGCUAUGGGUGGGGACUUGAUAAUAUGGGUAAAUGUAGUAACCACAUUGUUUUUUCAUGUGAAACCUUUACAAGAGUGUGUAUCAAUAAUACCUUAAUUAAAAAAUUU